AUGACGUCAGCUGAUCAAACAUGGCCGUUGAACAUUCACGUGACCGACCUUCAAAGUGACGUCACCAUCCGCGUCAGAGAUGACAUGCACAUCGGCGGAGUUAUGAUUAAACUCGUCGAAACUAUGGGAACUGGACAAGAUUGGUCGGAUCAUUCUCUGUAUUGGCCUGACAAAACUAUGUGGGUUUCGAGGGCUAAAAGUACAUUAGAACGCUACGGUGUAAGGCCGCAUGAUAAGUUGGUCUUUACUAGUAUGCAUAAAAAUAUUAAGAUCCAGCUGCCAGAUCUCACGGUACCUUUCGUAAGGGUGAACUUCUCAGUGAACGUUUUUAAUGUAAACCUUAACAUCUGCAAGGAACUUGGAAUAAGACACCCGGAAGAAUUAUCCUUGAUGAAAAAAAUCGAUCCGGACCAAUUGAAGAAGAAUCAGGGCGUUUCAGGCAAAAGAAAAGACGGACUUCCGACAGGGAUGAACCAGAAGUUAGCGGGGUCCAGUGAUGGCCUGAAUGAAGGCACCUUAUCGAGAACUUACAACCCCUACAUGGCCAGCAACAGCUCCCCAAACCGUUCAUUCAACGCUAACGGUAUGUUCACUCCUGGCACCGGUUCCAUCGACAAUCUGGCUUUCCAUACUUUGAAUAUCUCCUCAUCAUCGUCCAAUAGAAUCGUCAAUAGCACAUCCCUGGUCCUGCCUAAUUUGCUGCCUAAAAUUAGGAAUUAUUCCGAGGCCGCCAGGAUGAAUGUUGCAUGGUUAGAUUCAUCUCUCUCACUGAUGGAGCAAAAUAUAACAGAGAACGAUACGCUGCUGUUGAGAUAUAAAUUCUACGAUUUUUACGAUCUAAAUCCUAAGUACGAUGAAAGUAGAAUCAGAUACAUAUACGAACAAGCCAAAUGGUUGGUCCUCUCGGAAGAAUUGACUUGCUCUGAAGAGGAGAUAAUCUUAUUGGCUGCCCUACAAGUCAUUAACAUAAUUAAUACUAUAUUAUCUCGUAAUAACAUUAUUAAUAGCCGUAGUAAUGAUAAUAGUAAUAAUUUUGGUAUUAGUGGUAGCGGUAGUAGUGGUAGUAGUGGUUCUGGUGGUAUCGUUUGUAGGGCCACUAGGAUCAGAGAUUGUAUGAGAUGCUACAGGCCUAGAAAGUUCCAACUGAAAACAUUCGCCAAGUAUCUUUUCAUCUUAAAAAAUGAUAAACUCUUCAUAUACAAGCAGCCAAACAAAAAUGAUUAUGGUGAUGAUGAUGUUGGUGCUUCUGAAUCCUUCUCUCUAUCAUCGGCUUUCGACGUACAGGAAGAUAAAUACGUCAUCAAACUCAUCCUACCUUACCAUGGCGCCACCGACGAACUCUGGAUCAGGCAAGAUAAUGAAGAACAAUUUGUGAAGUGGCUGGCUGCAUUAAGAAUUUUGCACCGAGGUAAAUCUCUCUUAGACCACGUUGCAUAUGAAAAGGAAAAGAAAUCCGUCAGCUCCUUAAUAAAUAUUCAAAAAUUCCCCAACAAAAACAACAACAACACCAACAAAAACACCAACAACAACACCACCAACAACAACAAAUUACAAGCAGACGAUUUAAAACCGGAACGAAUUUUGCCACCAAAAUUUGGCGCUAAAUCGAAAAAUUUCAAAAAUCUCUUGAGAAAGAUUAUCGAUAUUUACUCGAAUAUUAGCCAAAAAACCUACAUAGAAGCGAUGUUGGACUAUAUUAAAGUCUGGCAAAUGCUGCCCAAAUACGAUUUUAGGUAUUUUAUCAUCAAAAUAAAGGAUUCGAAAAAAGAGGAAUUGCUUGGGAUAGGUAAGGAUCGAUUAGUGAAGAUGGAUUUGAAGACAGGUGACCUGCUGAAGACCUGGAUGCUCAAAACCAUCCAAUCGUGGAGCGUUAACUGGGAUAUCAAACAGGUGCACGUAUCAUUCGACUUGGAGGAGGAACUCAUCUUCCAAUGCCUAACUACGGACUGUAAAGUCAUCCACGAAUUCAUCGGCGGCUAUAUCUUCCUCUCAAUGAGAUCCGGAGAUAAAAAUCAAGCGCUAGACGAUGAACUAUUUCACAAGUUGACUGGGGGAUGGAAUUAA